AUGCUUCCUAAUGGAUUUACUCUUUUGCAGAUUCCAUGCCUGUGCAGCAGUGCCACGUGUAUCUUGUGCCGAUGCUGCCCCAGCACCGGUAAUUCCACAGUGACCCGUCUCAUCUAUGCAUUCCUCAUGUUGCUGGGCACUUUCCUGUCCUGUCUCAUGCUCACCCCUGGGAUAUCGGACCAAUUGAAAAAGAUCCCAGGGUUCUGUGUCAAUGGCUACGUGGACUGUGAUGUGCUGGUCGGUUAUAAGGCCGUGUAUCGCGUCAGCUUUGCCAUGACCAUUUUCUUCCUAGUUUUCGCCGUGCUCAUGAUUGGAGUGAAGACCAGCAAGGACCCUCGAGCUGCCAUACACAAUGGGUUCUGGUUCUUCAAAGUAUUGGCCAUUGUCGGUAUAAUGGUGGGAGCUUUCUACAUUCCAGAGGGACCCUUCACAAGAACUUGGUUUGUCUUCGGAGCAGCAGGGGCCUUUUCCUUCAUUCUCAUCCAGCUGGUACUACUUGUUGAUUUUGCACAUUCCUGGAACGAAUCCUGGGUAGUGCGCAUGGAGGAGGGGAAUUCCAAAUGUUGGUAUGCAGUCUUACUGUCGGUGACCGGCCUGCUGUACAUCGCAUCAAUAAUAUUCUUCGCCCUCCUCUUUGUUUUCUACACUGUGCCCGGGGGGUGUGCUGAGAACAAAUUCUUCAUUAGUUUCAACAUGAUCCUGUGUUUCAUCGUAUCGGUCAUCUCCAUCCUCCCCAAAGUGCAGGAAGGUCAGCCACGCUCUGGGCUCCUUCAGUCCUCUGUCAUUAGCCUGUACACCGUUUACCUGACCUGGUCUGCCAUAUCCAAUGAACCUGAUCGUAUAUGCAACCCAAGCUUAAUGACCAUCCUCAACAAGAUUACAGCCCCUACGCUGAGUCCCCAGAACGGAACCAUCCCAUGGUGGGAUACUCAGAGCAUCAUCGGCCUGAUACUAUUUGUGCUGUGCCUUCUGUAUUCCAGCAUCCGAAACUCUACCAACAGCCAAGUGAACAAGCUCACCUUAUCUGGCAAUGACACACCCAUGCUGGAUGACACCGUAGGUAAUGGCUCAGACGGUGAGGACGUAGAGGUGCGACGUGUGGUGGAUAAUGAGAAGGAUGGCGUCCAGUACAGCUAUUUCUUCUUCCACUUCAUGCUUUGCCUGGCUUCCCUCUACAUCAUGAUGACCCUCACCAACUGGUACAGAAUCUUCAAUUUGAAUACUAUAACAAGCAAGUGGCCAGCUGUUUGGGUGAAGAUUACCUCCAGCUGGGUAUGUCUAUUGCUCUACACCUGGACGCUGAUCGCCCCCGUCGUCUGUCCCAACAGAGACUUCAAUUAG